AUGAUUAAAAACUCUGAUUUAGAAGGGGAUCUUAUGAUCGUUACUAUCAUACCAUUAAGAAUUAUAGGAAGUAGAAAAAUAAUUGGGAGUAUAUUGUCUAUUUUAACUCUUUUUAUAUUUUCUUUGAUGUAUUUUAAAAACUUAAAAUUUUAAGAUGUCGGUGGUUUAUAACAAUAAAAUUACGUUUUUAUUACAAGGAAGAGAAGGAAAUAUUGUAUGCAACACAUUUACUUCUUAUCAAUUUACAUGGAGAAAAGGAAAUACACAAAGUUAAAAGGAAUACAAAUUCAAAUUGCAUAUAUUUUAAAUACAGACAUAUAGAAUAUAACUUUAUAGAUAAUAAAUUUCAUCCUUUAGACACAGGAUAUGUUGGGAAGGAUUUCAAUCCAUAAGAUGUAAAUCCUUUGAGUGAAGGAAAAGUAUUUGAAUUAAAUAGAACAUUUGGAAAUUGUGAAGUUGUAGUUCCUAUCCCAAGUAUUACUUCAUUUUUUGAAAAUGAACUCACAUCUCCUCUCUAUUUCACAUAAUAUACAUCAAUUACUGUAUUUAUGUUAGAAGGGUUUUAUUAAUUAGCAAUUUUAUAACCAAUUAUUGCAUUAUUAACAUCAUUAAUAAAUUACAUUAUUCUAAGAAGAGCUAUGUAAUAAUUAAAGAAAAAAGCAGAGAACUAUUAGUAGAUUUCAGUAUAUAGAUAGAAUAUAUCUGGUAAGGUUGAAUGUAUAACAAUUAAUUCAAUUGAAUUAGUUCCUGGAGAUGUAAUCUAAAUAUAUUGUAAUUAAAUAUUACCAUGUGAUUGUUUGAUUUUAACUGGAGAAGUAUUAGUUGAUGAAUAAUCAUUAACAGGAGAAUCUAUUCCUGUAUAAAAGGAGCAUAUUACAAAAGAUUGUUCAAAUAAUUUCAAUUAUUAAACAAACAAAAAAUCAAUCUUGUUUGAUGGAACUAAAAUCUUGGAUAUAAAAAACACAGUCAAAGUUCUUGUUCUAAGAACAGGAUACUUAUCAUAUAAAGGAUAAAUAUUUCGAAAUGCCUUAUACCCAAAACCACCAAAGAUUAUAUUUUUUAUUGAUGCAGUUAAAUUCUUAGUUAUAAUUGCUGCUUUGAUAAUAGCAUUAUAUUUUGGAUUACUUUGGAAGAUGGUUUUAUUAGAUUAUGAUCCAAGUUUAAUUGCAUUGAGAUUAGGAGAUGCAAUAGUAUGGAUUCUACCUCCAAAUUUAGUAACAGUUGUAAAUCUUACAAUGACAGCUACUCUAAGCAGAUUGAAAUUAAAAAAGAUUUUAGGAACACAACCAGAUAAAACAUUAGAAGCAUCAUAAACAGAUGUUAUUUGUUUUGAUAAAACAGGUACUUUAACAACUAAUGAAAUAAAAGUAAAAUAUGUAUUUGAUGAAAAAAAUAAUAAAGUAUAAUCAAUAUCAGAUAGAAAAAUUUUAUAAAUAUUGAUGUCUUCCUGUCAUUAAUGUUACUUAUUAGAUAAUUAAUUGAUAGGUGAUACCUUAGAAAUUGCUAUGAUAAAUUAUUCUAAUCUCAAUAUUUAAUAAGAUAAUGAGUGUAAAUUUAAAGUCAUAUUAAAUGAGAAUUAAUCAAAUUUGGGUAAUGAAGAAAUCACUUUAAAAGUUAUAAAAAUUUUUGAGUUUUCAAGUAAUCUAUAAAGAAUGGGUGUAAUAGCAAUGAGUGAUUAAUAUAUAAGUAAGGAUUAAGAAAUAGGUUAAGGAGAUACAAAAAUUUAAAAUUAUUAAUAUUUUUAUUUUACUAAAGGAUCAGCUGAAAAGAUCUCUUCCUUAUGUAUUUCUACACCUGAAGGAUUUAGAGAUUUAAUAACAUAAGAAUCUCUAAAAGGAAUGAGAAUCAUAAGUACUGGAUAUAAGAGAAUAGAUUUUUAGGAUAUUCAUAAAACAUAAAUUGAAUUAGAAUAACGUUUAAAUUAUUUAGGAUCAAUAAUUUUUGAGAAUGAAUUAAAAUAAGAUUCAGGAUAAACAAUUGAAGAAUUAAAGAAAGCAUAAUUGAAAUUGAAAAUAAUAAGUGGAGAUCAUAUUUUGAGUUGCAUAAAUUGUGGAAUUGAAUGUGGAAUAAUUGAAUUUUAACAACUUACUAUUAUAAUUGAUUAUGAUGCUGAGUAGAAUGAUCUUACAUUAUAGGAAUUAAGUAAUAAUCAAAUAAAAGAAUUAGAAGGAAAGAGUAUCAAUUAAACAUCUUAUGAGAUGCUUUAAUCUCUCUUACCAAGUUCAUUAUAUGUAAAUUCUAUUUAUGCUACUAAGACAAAUUAGAAUUACCAAUGGGCAAUAAGUGGUUAGGCUUUUGAAUAUCUUAAAGAUAAGAGGAUAUUAAAUGAACUAAUAUAUUUAUGUUAAAUUUUUGGUAGAAUGAGUCCAUCUUAGAAGAGUGAGAUAGUAAAAAUAUUAUAAGAAUAAAAAUUUCAUAUAUGUAUGAUAGGAGAUGGAUCUAAUGAUUGUCAUGCAUUAAAAUAAUCAAAUAUAGGAAUAUCAUUUUAAUAAUGUGAUGCAGCAUUAACAGCCUCAUUUGUAAAUACAAAUAACAGUAUAAAUUGUGUAAUAGAAGUAUUAUUAUAAAGUAAAGCUACAUCAUGUAAUGUUAUGGAGAUUUUCAAAUAUUAUAUGAUUAUAAAUGUAAGUAAAUAUGUAUCUGCAUAAUUAAUGAUGUAUCAGAUGCAGAAUUUUAAUAAUGAAGAAUUAUUGUAUCUAAAUUAUUUGAGUAAUAUUCCAAUAAUUGCUUUACAAACAUUGACUCCUCCUUCUUAGAAAUUGACUAAAGAUAAAAUUAACACUUCAAUGAUCAGUUUAUAAAAUUUUAUUCCUAUUCUGAUUAUUCUUAUCUUUAGUGGAUUGAAUAUGUUAGGGAGUUAUCUAAUUCUUUAUUAUUAAGAUUGGUAUGUACCAUAUGAUAACAAUGAGAAUGAUACUAGGUAUUUCUUUUAUGGAGAUAUGAAUACUUAAUAGUUCCUCAAUAUGAAUAUUUAUUUUUUAUUAUCUUUUUAUUCCAUCAAUACUUAUGGACCAUUUAAGAUACCAUUUUGGAAACAGUACCAUUUGAAUAUUCCAGUCUUAGCAUUCUUAAUUUUGGGUAUACUUAUUUAAUUUGUUAAAAUGGAAUCCAUUGAUAAUUAUUUAGGGUUAACUGAUAUCAAAUUAAAUGGAUAAUAUUAACUCAAUUAAUUCUAUUUCAAUAUUACAGUUUCGAUACUAGUAAUAUUGAUAGGAAGAUUAGCAUGGAUUAAAUAAUAUAUAUUUUAAUAAUGAUUAUAAAUAAAACAUAAUCAAACUUGAAUAAUAUCAAUUUCAAUGAUAUUAUAAUUCCAAUAAAAUUGUAGCAUCCUUCAAGAAGAGUUCAAGUAUUAGAAAAUGGCAAAGCAAUCUAAUUAUUGAAAAGUUAUCAAAAAAUCCCAUAGAUUAUAACAGAAUUUAAUUCUCCAAUAAUUGUCAAUAGUAUAAAAUUAAGGAAAGACUCUAAUUAUUCAUUAUAAUAAUCAUAACAAUUAACUGAAAAAGAAAGUAAAUAAACAAAAAUUGAUUCUGAAUGUAUAACCAGCAAAUUUAAAUAAAUAAAUCUUUAAAGUAGUUUACCUUAGAUUCCUUUAUCAACAAUUAAUACUUAAACUAAAUUAAAUGAUUUAACUAGAAGUACUAAAUUGGUUUAAUCACCUAAAAAUAGUGAUACAAAAAGAUCGUUAGUGAGAUCAUAAUUUAAAACGAAUAGCAACAAUUAAAAAAAUAAUCUUAUAAACAAUUCCACAACCACUGGUAGUAGUAAAGAUUCAAGUUAAAAUUAAAGCAAUUAAUAGUAUUAAAUCUAUGCUAAAAAUAUUAUCUAUUCAUAUUGUGGAAAACCAAGAAAAAGAAAAGUUAAUGUUUCUGCUAAAAGUUUCAUUGUUUAUGAUUGUAUAGAGAAUAGAAUAGUUUCGUAAAGAAAGUGUAAUAAAAAAAUGGAAAUUGCUAGUUUAACCAAAAUUAUGACAUUCUACAUAACAAUGGUUAUCUUAGAACAAUUCAAUCUCAAUUUUAAAGAGAUCAAAGUCAAAGUUACUAAAAAAGCAUCUGAGACCAUAGGUACAACAUCAGAAUUAAAAUACAAUGACAUCUUAACUAUUUAAGAUUUAUUAUAUGGAUUGAUGUUACCUUCAGGAAAUGAUGCUGCAACACUCAUUGCCUAGGCUAUUGGCACAAUUAUGUAUAUUUAUAACACUAUACAGUUAGAUUAUUUUAUGAAUCUUAAAAAUAUUUGGAUUAUAGAUUAAUAGAUAUUGAAUAAAUGAGUGCUGAAGGACAUUAUUAUAAUGUUGAAUUGAAGACUUAAUAAUGUCCUAUUGAAAUUUUUAUAAGCAAAAUGAAUUAUUAUUCAAAUUUAAUGGGUUAAUAAAAUACUUAAUUCGCUUGUGUUCAUGGAUUGGCUAAUGAAGAUAAUGUAUGUAAAUAUAUUAUACUAGUAUUCAAGUUGUCAUGAUAUAGUAUUAUUAUCAUUAGAAUGUUUGAAAUAUGAUAUAUUUCAAUAAGUCAUUUCCUCUAAAGAAUAUAUUUCUAAAUCACAAAACAAUAAUAAAUGUUAUGAAUGGAAAAAUACAAAUAAAUUAUUAGAAAAAGGUUUUUUUGGUAUUAAAACUGGGGUAACUGAUUCUGCUGGUCCAUGUUUAGCAAGUGCUUAUCGAUCUAAUGAAAUGGAAUAUUACAUCAUUGUUGUGUUGAGCUGUAAGAAUUUGCAAUUAAGAUUUGAUGAAACUAUUUCAUUGUUAUAACAUGCAAAAUACAAAAAGUCUUUGAAUUCAAUUAUAUAAUGA